UCUUUUUAAUUCUUCAGCAAAACCGUUUUAAACCGUUAAAGCCGCUUUCGCGCUAAUGAGCUUCGAUUCCCUCUCUGUUAAACGGUUUCUAAAUGCAAUUCGCAACCAACCAAACCAAGCGGCUCUGCACAGUAAUUGCAUCUACUAUAACACUCGCAUCCACAAUCCAUUGCACUGGUAACAGAAGAGCAGCAGAGCAGAAAUGCCUUGCCCUCCUUCAAGACUGCAACUCAUUGUCAAAGCUUACUCAAGUCCAUACCUACAUUCUCAAAUCGGGUCUCCAAAACAAUCCUCUUGUCCUCACCAAACUUACAGCCACAUCCUCUGAUCUCCACGCCAUUGAUUAUGCUUCCUCUUUCCUAUUCUCACCGGAAUCAGAUACCGGUUUAUAUGAUACGUUUCUCUUCAACACCAUCAUAAGAGCUUAUGCCCAAACUAAUAAUUCGAAGGUUAUAGCUAUAUUUAUGUAUAAUUUGAUGCUUAAAUAUAAUAUUUUGCCUAAUAAAUUCACGUACCCUUUUGUCCUCAAGGCCUGUGCGGGUAUUGGGAACUUGAAAUUGGGCAAGUCGGUUCAUGGAUCAGUGUUGAAAUUCGGAUUUGCCGAUGAUGUGCAUGUGCAAAAUACAAUGGUGCAUAUGUAUUGUUGCGGCAAAGAAGGUACUGAGUUUGCACGCAAGGUGUUUGAUGAAAUGUCAAAACUGGACUCUGUUUCAUGGAGUGCAAUUAUUGGUGGGUAUGCCCGUUUUGGGAGGUCCAGUGAUGCAAUUGAUUUGUUUAGGCAAAUGCAGAUAGCGGGUAUUUGUCCUGAUGAGAUUACUAUGGUCUCUGUUCUGUCUGCCUGUACAGAUUUAGGUGCUCUUGAGCUAGGGAAGUGGGUAGAGUCCUAUAUCGAGAAAGAAAAGGUUCAAAAGACAGUUGAGCUUUCUAAUGCACUGAUUGACAUGUUUGCUAAGUGUGGUGAUGUUGAUAAAGCUAUCAAAUUGUUUAAGAACAUGAAACAUAGAACCAUUGUUUCCUGGACCUCUGUAAUUGUUGGCUUGGCGAUGCAUGGCCGUGGUGUAGAGGCUGUUGAACUGUUUGAGGAGAUGAUACGAAGUGGGGUGGCCCCAGACGAUGUUUCCUUUAUUGGAUUGCUCUCUGCUUGCAGUCACUCUGGGUUAGUUGAUAAGGGGAGAGACUAUUUUGAUAAUAUGAAAACAAAUUUUGGUAUCAUACCUAAAAUUGAACACUAUGGAUGUAUGGUAGAUAUGUUGUGCAGAGCAGGACAAAUUAAGAAGGCAUUGAAAUUUGUCCAGGAAAUGGCCAUUGAGCCCAAUCCUGUUAUUUGGCGAAUUCUGAUUAACGCUUGCCGUGCCCAUGGUGAACUAAAGCUUGGAGAAAAAUUCUCCAGACAGCUUAUUGGGAAUGAGCCCAUGCAUGAAUCCAACUAUGUACUUCUGUCCAACAUUUAUGCCAAAAUGCUCAAUUGGGAAAAGAAAAUGAUGAUAAGGGAGAUGAUGGACAGGAAGGGAAUAAGGAAGAUUCCUGGCAGCACUAUGAUUGAGUUAGGUAAUGAAAUUUAUGAAUUCGUGGCUGGAGAUAAAUCUCAUAACCAGUACAAGGAAAUAUAUGAGAUGGUGGAUGAGAUGCAAAGAAAGAUGAAGCAGGCCGGAUUUGUCCCAACUACAUCGGAGGUUUUGCUUGAUAUUGACAAUGAAGAUAAAGAAGACAGUUUGAAUACACAUAGUGAAAAGCUGGCUAUUGCUUUUGCCCUUCUGAAUACCCCACCUGGAACUCCCAUUAGGAUUGUGAAGAAUUUGCGAGUUUGUACUGAUUGUCACUCUGCUACCAAGUUCAUCUCUGAGAUAUACAAUCGAGAAAUAAUAAUGAGAGACCGGAAUAGGUUUCACCAUUUUAAUAAUGGACUGUGCUCAUGCAGAGAUUUCUGGUGAUAAACUGUGAGCAGUUUCUUGAUGUGUUGAUGCAGAAUCUCAUGAAUCAUAAAUUUUGAGUCUUUUGAUCCAUUCUGUCAUCUCAAGAUAGCGGAUGAUCAAUCAUCGAGUGCAAGAAUGUAAAAUGAGGCGUGGGUAUUUCCUGUUAGUAACAUAGAAUUAGUGUGAUGGCCUGCAUAAAUCAUUUAGGCAGCCAUAAUUAUACUUCUUUUUUUCAUUAAUCUAUGUACUAGCGCAGAACAAUUAGAGAAUGAAAUGGAGCUUGAUUCAACAAGUUGUUUGAUCAAGUCAUGCUUUUUCUGGAGCCA